CCGGCGCGAGGGGCCGGGCCGGCCGGGAAGGGAGUGCGGGUCGGUUUUGUGUGCGCUGCCGGACGAGGCUCCCGCCGCCGAUUGACCCGCGCUCCGCCCCGUAGCCGGGCCGGUGAGUGCCCGCGAGACUGCCCGUGUGUCAUGGGGGUCGGGGAGAGGGACCCCUGAGAGGGAGGGGAAACCGGAAGUGAAGGGACCCGAGGAGAGAGACCCCAGGAAAUGGGACACCUGGGGAAGGGGUGACAGCCGGAAGUGGGGGGCCUCAGAAGGUUGUCGACGGGACGUGGGGUCUCUGGGGCUCCAGAACGAUGGCUUCCUGGCCUCCUCUUGGUGGGGUGGGGAGGAAGGCGAUGGGUUCCAGGUGAGGAAGAUUCCAGGCUUCACCGUAACAAAUGGUGUUUGCACCCAUCCAUACGCCCAUCCAUCAGUUCAUUCUGGAGACUGACUGAGUCCUGCUCUGAGCUUGACACUACCGAGGCCCUGGAGAUUAAACAGGAAGCUCCAGGGGGAGGUAGAGCCCAGCGUGGGGCUAGACGCAUCCCUGCUCUGCCUCACUAGGUGUGUACCCUCCAGCACAUCACUUGACCUCAUAUCGUCCGCUAAUAUUUACAGAGCACCGUCAUGUGCCAGGCUAGGCCUAUAGCCUAUGGACACUACAGUCUGUCUCCCAGGGAUCCUGGUAGCUAAUGUCCGAAGAAAGCGACUCUCCGAGGACCAGCCCCUCUGCGGCCUCACUCUCGGAGAAUGAGCUGCCGCCGCCACCUCCCGAGCCCCCGGGCUAUGUGUGCUCACUGACAGAAGAACUGGUCACCAAAGCCAGAGAAGAGCUGCAGGAGAAGCCAGAAUGGAGACUUCGAGAUGUGCAGGCCCUCCGUGACAUGGUGCGGAAGGAGUGUCCGAACCUGAGCACGUCCCUGGAUGACGCCUUCCUGCUGCGCUUCCUCCGAGCCCGCAAGUUUGAUUACGACCGGGCCCUGCAGCUCCUGGUCAACUACCACAGCUGCCGGCGAAGCUGGCCCGAAGUCUUCAAUAACCUGAAGCCCUCGGCCGUAAAGGAUGUCCUCGCUUCUGGCUUCCUCACCGUGCUGCCCCACACCGACCCCCGCGGCUGCCAUAUCCUCUGCAUCCGCCCAGACAGAUGGAUACCGAGCAACUAUCCAAUUACCGAAAACAUCCGAGCCAUAUACUUGACAUUAGAAAAACUCAUUCAGUCUGAAGAAACCCAGGAUGGCUUCCCCAUUCGGAUAAAAGCAGUCCAUGUAGUGAAUGAACCUCGAAUAUUUAAAGGCAUUUUUGCCAUCAUAAAACCAUUUCUGAAGGAGAAAAUAGCAAACAGAUUUUUCCUCCACGGGUCUGACCUGAACUCUCUCCACACAAACCUUCCAAGAAGCAUCCUCCCCAAGGAGUAUGGGGGCACGGCUGGAGAGCUAGACACCACCGCCUGGAACGCGGUGCUGCUGGCCUCGGAGGAGGACUUUGUGAGAGAGUUCUGCCAACCUGUUCCCGUCUGUGACAGCAUCCUGGGCCAGGCCCUGCCGCCCGAGGGGCUAAGCUCAGACGCGCAGUGUGAUGAUUCCCUGCGGGCUGUGAAGUCACAGCUAUACUCCUGCUAUUAGCCAGUCCUCUGUGAGUGCCACCAUCUUUAAAUCCUUGCCUUUUGCUUUGGAGAGGCACAAGGAGAAUUUGAGGUGCCACGGAGUCAGUCUUGCUCCUUGUCAUUGAAUUGCAUCCUGUGGGGCUCUGAGGCUGAGCCACGGGGUAAGCCAUUGGUUACUUGAAUUAAUCCACGGAAGACACGGAAAAUGUCCUCAGUGAUUCCCAAAUGUUUGGAAUCUUGGUUUGCAACCAUUAAUCUGGAAGCUGUAUCUGGUUCUUACAGAUGUCGGAACAAGAAAAACCAGGACCAAAGUCACUUUGGUCCCACAUUCAGGAGAAAACAACCUGACUGGCCAGUGGCGACACGCCUGUGAAAUAACUUGGCCGAGCCUACCAGGUGGCCACACGUGAGACUUUGGGAAUUUGUCUUUCGCAUGAACCCUAACUAAAGACCUCUGUUGCUCAUCGUGAAAUUUCUAGUUUGAGGUCCAGACCCCAGCUGCCAUCACCGGGUUUGGAAAGCACCUUAACUCAAUCGUGGGAGCAUCAGGACAUAAGCAGCACUUCAUGAUCAAAUUUGGGAGCGAGACUUCAAAGCACCUCUGGGAUUCACUGGUUGACUCUUGCAAUAGAAACUGAAGUUUUCCCAAACCCAUAAAGCCUUAGCCCUUGUUCUCAAUAGAAUCAUACAGGAUCCUAGAGGUAUAUGAUUUUACUCAACCUGAAACACUGGAUGUGAGGCCUGAGUAGCUAAAAGAAUCCUGGCCCAAGAAUUAAGAGACCAGGGCUCCAGCCCCAGAUGUGUGACUGUAGACAAGACCUGGGCCUCUGUGGGCCUCACCUUUCUAAUCUGUAAAAUGAGGCUGGCUGAAAUGAUGCCUAGGGCUUUGGCAUGACAUUCUGGGAUUUGGUUUAGUUACUGAAUGUUAGAUGUUGGCUUUCUGCCUAGAAAAAUUGGUUUUCUUGCCUCUAGAUGCAAGUGGUUGGAUCUUGUUUUGUGGUACAUCUGGG